AUGGACAACACAACAUUCGCUCUCAACAUCCUACAACUGGAGGGUGUUGACCUUGCUCCUCAGUUUGUUUACCCAGUGUUUUUCAUUCUGCUUGUUACUUACAUUCUCACCAUGAUCACCAAUACAGGACUUAUUAUUCUAAUUGCAGUGGAACGGAGUCUUCAUCAGCCCAUGUACCUCUUAUUUUGUAAUCUGUCUUUCAAUGAUAUUAUGGGAAACACUAACAUUCUACCUAGAAUAAUGAUGGACCUUUUCUCAACUGAAAAAUACAUUGGCUAUGUUGAGUGUGUCACUCAGGCUUUCUGUUCUCACAUAUUUGCUGCAGCUGCACAUGUAAUACUAAUGAUCAGCCUCACCCUUCGAUUGACUAGAUGCCGGUCAUUUGUCAUGAAUGUGUACUGUGACAAUGCAUCUCUGUUCAAGCUUUCAUGCCAGGAUGUGUCCAUUAACAACACUUAUGGUCUUGCUUACACAGUGUUUAUUUCCGGUUCAUCGUUAGUAAUUACAAUCGGAACAUAUUUAAAGAUAUUCACCAUUUGUUUCACCAAGAAAAGCAAAGAACUGAACAGCAAAGCACUUCAAACUUGUUCCACUCACUUAGUACUCUACAUGAUCAUGCUGUGGUCUGGCUUUUUCAGCAUUAUCUUUCACCGCAUUCAGAUCUACUCAGGCUAUCGAAAGUUGAUGUCCAUUUUGUUUCAUGUUGUCCCAGCGAAUCUAAACCCCAUUAUUUAUGCACUGCAAACAAAGGAACUAAAAAGCAAGGUAAAGAAAUUAUUUCAUUCAAAAGUAUCUAAUACAGAUAGAUAA